UUUUAUAUUAGGAAAUACCUGAUUUCUAAAAAUAGAAAACGGUAGUCAAAAAUAAUAUUGACCAAAAAUAGAGAGAAAGCAUGGAAGGGACAGAAAGUGAUUUACCUUUAUUCGUACCUCUAGCGCCAUUGAAUGAUUACUUCCAAUGUUCAAUAUGUAUGUGCAAUCUAACAGUUUCAACAAUGACUGUAUGCGGACAUAGGUACUGUGAGAAAUGUAUCUCAGAGUGGGUGAACAGACAACAUAAAUGUCCAUGCUGUAAUCAUCCACUCACAACAAGUCAGCUGAUAAAGGAUCAUCAGUUUGAUAGCUUAAUCAGUACAAUAGGAGGUGAAAAAGAGAAGGCUGAAUCUAAAUACUUUGAGAACCUUAUCACAGAAGCUGCAAUGCCUGAAGGAGGAUCCAGUAGAAACAUGACACCUGUAGAAGCUGUACUUAAAGAACAUUUGAAGAAGGGUCUGAUGGAACAUGAAAAUUACUUUCAGACAUUGAAGAAGUCAUUUGAGACGAAGAUGACGGUACUGGAGACUACAACAGAGAAAGCUGUCAUGGAACUGAGUUCUCAUGGCCUUUCUGAUCAAGAGGUGACCCUGCAGACUCAGGAUCUGAGGAUCACGCUACAGAGACAGAAAGAAGAAUUACAUAGAGAGUUAGAUAGAUGUGCUCAAAUGGUUGCCGAGACAUAUGAUAAGUAUCUGUCAAGCCACAUUCCAAGUCUUGAUGUACUACCUGUAAAAGCUACUGUGAUAUUGGCCAGUAAAAAUAUUCAAAUACCAGACAUUGUCUUCGAUCCAACUGACAGCUUGAAGCAGGUACGAGACAAUGUUGAAUCAGCCAUGAUAAAGAAACACAAUCCAGUACAUGAAUGGCAGCAAGAUGUGAGAAUGUUCUUAUUUGGGCCAUUUGCAAAAUGUAGUGAAUGUGAGAUGGAGAAGAUUGUAAAUGACUAUCUCACCACAGGUGUACUAAUACAAGAUGUACAGGUGAUAACUGAAGGAUGUAUGCUGGGCCUACAAUAUGCAAUGAAACCAGGAAGUGUGAUACUGAUAUAUGGAACAGUGAAGUUGGAAAGUGAUCUACCAAAGAAAUGUUUUGUUGAGGUAUUCAAGAAAGGUGAUACAAGUCAACGGGUAGACUACUUCUCAUGUAAUAAUUGCUCAUUUAAAUGGAUAUGUAGGUCAUGUAUGGAAGUUUGUCACUCAGGGCAUGAUGUGGUACCUUAUAUAAUGCAGCAUCAACCAAACUGGGCCUGCUGCUACUGUCCGAAGAAGAAAGUUUGUAGAAUUCAGACCACAGGAUAACUCAUGUUACUGUCCAAAGAAGAAUUUUUUUAGAAUUCAGACCACAGGAUAACUCAUGUUACUGUCCAAAGAAGAAUUUUAGAAUUCAGACCACAGGAUAACUCCUGUUACUGUCCAAAGAAGAAAUUUUUUUAGAAUUCAGACCACAGGAUAACUCUUGUUACUCACUGUCCAGAGAAGAAAUUUUGUAAAAUUCAGACAACAGGAUACCGUGAAAUCAUUAAUAUCCACGGGGGAUUAAUUUUCGUGGAUUUCGUGGUUGAGUCAAUCCACGAAAUUUAAUCCCAACAAACAAGUAAAAUUCCUAUUCAUUUUAUGUUCAAAAGUUGAAAUCCACGAAUUCAUAUCCCCUCGAAAUUGCCAUUUUGACCAAAACCACGAAAUUUCAUGCCCAAAAUUAAAUAAUUUUACAGUAACUCAUGUUACUGUCCAAAGAAGAAAGUCAUGCUUCUCAUUUAAAAAGUGUUGCUGACUGGCUUGAUGAAGAAAAGGAUACAAGUUUCAAUUCUGUAGAAGUAAUUGAUAUAUGGCAUUGAUACUAUGAAGUUAUUAACCUUUACCCUGCUAAAUAUCUAAAAUGGACUAGUCCAUCAUUCAAUUUGGGCAGUACCAUUUAUUAUUCAAAGGGGUGUUCACUAAAAAUUUACUGACUGAAUAGCGAACAGUGCAGACCAUGAUCAGCAUGCAUGGAUGUGCAGACUGAUAUUGGUCUGCACUAGUCGCAAAGACAGAAUCACUUGCCAGCAGGCUAAUGGUUAAAAUUCGUGGGGGACUCUUUUCAUGGAUUUCUUAGUUCAUCAUAUCACGAAAUUAAAUCUUUAUUAAUGGGAAAAUUUUCCCUUGAUUAUAUGCUAAAAAAUCGAAAUCCAAAGAUUUGUGGUUUCAGAAAAUAGGUUGAUUUUGCAGAAACUACAAAAUUUUUGGCCCACAAAAUUAAAUGAUUUACGGUAUAUAUUUUAUCACCGAAAUCUCAUUUCUUUCAAUGCAGUAUUUGUGUUCUUUUGAAACUAUGUAGUAUAAAUGUUGUAAACUCCAGAAUAUCAUAAAUUUAAUUACACUUUGUUACACUUCUCCCGUUAUAUAAAGUGGGAAGACACACUGAAGACAGUAUUCAUUUAUAAGUCCUGUGAGCAUAUUCUACAAUGAUAUGUUGACACAACAAUCAGUCACUGAUCAGCAUUUAAUAAGCCUUAAUUGAGCUCCUGUUUUAAGCAUUUAGUGGCCACGAUAUCCUGUCGUGGAAGUGUCAGUUUGAAAUGAAAUUGAAUAUUUCUUUCAAUUAUUUGAUUUUUAUAAAACAUUCAGGAUAAAAGCAGCAUGUUCUUUGAAACUGUUGUUUUUUUGCUCUUAUCAAAAGAUGUUUUAUAUAUUUUUAUGUUUGUUAAAUCUGUUUAACAGUUUCAGAAAUCAUUAUAGCCUGGAAUUAUUCUAUUUUUUGCUGAUGUAUAUACACUUCGGUUAUUUUAUGGUUGAAAUAUUGUGACACCCUCUACAUUCUUUGUUAACCUUUUAGCUCCACUAUUCGGAGAAUAGGGGUGCUAUUCUACUCGCCCCGGGCGUGGGCGUGAGCUUUCUUGGUUAAAGUUUUUCGUCAACCUUUGUUUUUAGCUCACCUGUCACAUAGUGACAAGGUGAGCUUUUGUGAUCAACCUUCGUCCGUCGUCCGUGCGUCAGUCCGUCCGUCUCGUGCGUCCGUGCGUCCACAAUUUCUUGUCUGCACGAUAAUGGUUUCAUUUAUGAUUUUAUUUUAACCAAACUUGCACACAACUUGUAUCACCAUAAGUUCUCGGUUCCUUUCUUAAACUGGCCAGAUCCCAUUAUAGGUUUCAGAGUUAUGGCCCCUGAAAGGGCCAAAAUUAGCUAUUUUGACAUUGUCUGCACAAUUGCAGCUUUAUUUAUGAUUUGAUUUUUACCAAACUGGCACACAACUUGUAUCACCAUAAGAUCUUGGUUCCUUUCUUGAACUGGUCAGUUUCCAUUAUGGGUUCCAGAGUUAUGGCCCCUGAAAGGGCCAGAAUUAGCUAUUUUGACCUUGUCUGCACAAUAGCAGCUUCAUUUAUGAUUUUAUUUUAACCAAACUUGUACAUAAGUUGUAUCACCAUAUGAUCUUGGUUCCUUUCUUGAGCUGGCCAGAUUCCAUUAUGGGUUCCAGAGUUAUGGCCCCUGAAAGGGCCAGAAUUAGCUAUUUUGACCUUGUCUGCACAAUAGCAGCUUCAUUUAUGAUUUGAAUUUAAUCAAACUUGCACAAAACUUGUGCCACCAUAAGAUCUCGGUUGCUUUCUUGAACCGGCCAGAUCCCGUAAUGGAUUCCAGAGUUAUGGCCCCUGAAAGGGCCAAAAUUAGCUAUUUUGACCUUGUCUGCACAAUAGCAGCUUCAUUUAUGACUUGAUUUUAACCAGUCUUGCACAAAACUUGUAUCAUCACAAGAUCUUGGUUCCUUUCUUGAACUGGCCAGAUUCCUUCAUGGGUUCCAGAGUUAUGGCCCCUUAAAGGUCCAAAAUUGGCUAUUUUGGCUUUUGCAGCCAUAUAGAGACUUCAUUUAUGGUUUUAUUAGCUCGACUAUUCGAAGAAUAGUCUAGCUAUUCUACUCACCCUGGCGUCGGUGUCGGCGUCGGUGUCGGCGUCGGUGUCACACCUUGGUUAAGUUUUUGCAUGCAAGUACAUACAGCUAUCAUUUAAAGGCAUAUAGCUUUGAAACUUAUUUAUUCUUUUUCUAGGUCAAUUACCAACCUCACUGGGUCAAGUUCCAUAACCCUAACAUGUAUUUUGAGCAAAUUAUGCCCCCUUUUGGACCUAGAAAAUUCUGGUUGAAGUUUAACAUGCAAGUUACUGUCUCCAAAACUAAUGCAGAUAUUGAAUUGAAACUUCACAUGUGUCUUCAGGGUUAUAAAACUAGUUGAUAGCACCAAGUCCCAUAACUCUGACCUUCAUUUUGGCCAAAUUAUGCCCCCUUUUGGACUUAGAAAAUUCUGGUUAAAGUUUUGCGUGCAAGUACAUACAGCUAUCAUUUAAAGGCAUAUAGAUUUGAAACUUAUUUUUUCUUUUUCUAGAUCAAUUACCUACCUCACUGGGUCAAGUCCCAUAACUCUGACAUGUAUUUUGGCCAAAUUAUGCCCCCUUUUGGACUUAGAAAAUCCUGGUUAAAGUUUUACAUGCAAGUUACUAUCCCCAAAACUAAUGCAGAUAUUAAAUUGAAACUUAACAUGUGUCUUCGGGGUUAUAAAACUAGUUGAUAGAAUCAAGUCCCAUAACUCUGACAUGUAUUUUGGGCAAAUUAUGCCCCCUUUUGGACUUAGAAAAUCCUGGUUAAAGUUUUGCAUGCAAGUACAUACAGCUAUUACCAAAAGGCAUAUAGCUUUGAAACUUAUUUAUUCUUUUUCUAGGUCAAUUACCAACCUCACUGGGUCAAGUUCCAUAACUCUUAACAUGUAUUUUGAGCAAAUUAUGCCCCCUUUUGGACUUAGAAAAUUCUGGUUAAAGUUUUACAUGCAAGUUACUAUCUCCAAAACUAAUGCAGAUAUUGAAUUGAAACUUAACAUGUUUCUUCGGGGUUAUAAAACUAGUUGAUAGCAUCAAGUCCCAUAACUCUGAUAUGCAUUUUGGUCAAAUUAUGUCCCCUUUCGAACUCAAAACUCUUUUGAGUAAUAAUUUCCUGCUUCUGUGACAAUAUUUCAAAUAGUCGAGCUUGGCUGUCUUAUGGACAGCUCUUGUUUGAUACAAACUUCCAAAAUAUCUUCAACAACAAUAAAUGUUGGAUUCCAUGACAAAUCAGAUCCAUUCGUAGGUUCCAGAGUUAUUUUAUAUCUGAUUACCUCCCCUGAUCGUAAUCAAAAUGGAUUUAUAUCAGUAAGUACUUAUAGGACUUAUUUGAAAUUUCAUUAUUGUCAUUAGUUAGACUGAGCCAAUGAGGGUAGAUAACUAUGGACUGAUUUUAUGUCAAAUUACCUCCCUUUAUUUCAAAUUAAAAUUGGUAUAUCUCUGUAACUAAUGAAGAUACUGAUCUGAAAUUUCAUUUAUGUCAACAGAUUUAUUUGGCAGAUCCUUCUUUUGUUAACUGACAAUCAUUUUGUUUUUUUAAUUACUUCCCUUUUACGUUACUAUAAAUAGCUUGUUUUUAGUAACUUUUUUAUUAUUGGCCGUAGGGAAAACCCGAGACCACUUUUCUGUGGUACAACAUGGAUGGUACCUCCAAUUUUUAGGUGUAUUUUGACAUAUCUGUACCUUGUAAGAAUUUUUUUUUUCUUUUUGGUUUAAUUUCUUCUCUUUGUUGUUCCUGUCCUUUGGACUUAUAUAUUUUUUCUGAGGACCUUCUUGUCCUCAAGUGCAAUGAUAACAGGUGAGCGAUAUAGAGCCAAUUCAUGGCCCUCUUGUUCUUUGUUACUAUUGCUUAUAUCUUGCUGUAACUUCACAUUAACAUUGUUCAGCAUGCAAACAAAGUAUGUGCAGGGGCUGGGUCCAUUAUACCCAGAUCAAGGUCACCAAGGUGUUAUACUUGGGUUAUUUUUAGGGUUAAAGUUUUUCGGCAACCUUUGUUUUUCUGUCAUAUCUUUGUUACUAUUGCUUAUAUCUUACUGAAGGGUCAUUUAAACAGUGCCUUGAUCUGUAAUCUUGUAUUUGGCUCUCAUGGGUUUUGCCAGGCCAUACCAUACAAGGCGCAAGUGCCUUUUUUUCUGGACCUGCCCAAAAUACAACAGUGUAGAUUAAGGUACUGCUGUGAAAACCCUAUUCUAUAUUAAAUAUGAAAUACUGUUGAAAAUUGGUGUUAACGCCCACUCUAUCCCCCACUAUUACACAAUGAUAGAGGAUAUAGUCAGGAAGUGCAUUGUACAAGAACCAUAACUCUGUAUUUAUUUAUCCCCCCACCAAAGGUGAAGGGGAUAUUAGAAAUGCUCUCCGUCCGUGCGUCCGUCUGUCGUCCGUCCGUCCGUCCGUGCGUCCGCAACGAUAUUUGUCCGGAGCAUAACUCCAAAAGUACUUGAGGGAUUUUCUUCAAACUUCAUACACUGAUAGAACACAUUGGGAGGAAGUGCAGUGUGCAAGAACAAUAACUCUACCUUGCCUAUUUUUUGAGUUAUUCCCCUUUAUCUUAUUUUCUUAAAAAAAUUUGUCCGGAGCAUAACUCCAAAAGUACUGGAGGGAUUUUCUUCAAACUUCAUACACUGAUAGAACACAUUGGGAGGAAGUGCAGUGUGCAAGAACAAUAACUCUACCUUGCCUAUUUUUUGAGUUAUUCCCCUUUAUCAUAUUUUCUUAAAACAUUUUGUCCGGAGCAUAACCCAAAAAGUACUGGAGGGAUUUUCUUCAAACUUCAUACACUGAUAGAACACAUUGGGAGGAAGUGCAGUGUGCAAGAACAAUAACUCUACCUUGCCUAUUUUUUGAGUUAUUCCCCUUUAUCAUAUUUUCUUAAAGAACUUUGUCCGGAGCAUAUCUUCUUCAUGCAUGGAGGGAUUUUGAUAUAUCUUGGCACAAAUGUUUACCACCACGAUGCAGAGUGUCAUACGCAAGAACUAGGUCCCUAGGUCUAAGGUCAAGGUCACACUUAGAGGUCAAAGGAUACAAGAAUAAAAACCUUGUCCGGAGCAUUUCUUCUUCAUGCAUUGAGGGAUUUUGAUAUAACUUGGCACAAAUGUUUACCACCACGAGACGGAGUGUCAUGCGCAAGAUCCAGGUCACUAGGCCUAAGGUCAAGGUCACACUUAGAGGCCAAAGGUCAGAUACAAGAAUGACUUUGUCCGAAGCAUUUCUUCUUCAUGCAUGGAGGGAUUUUGAUGUAACUUGGCACAAUUUAUACACCAUCAUGAGACGAAGUGUCAUGCGCAGUUCCCUUCUUUAGAAUUACUUCCCUUUGUUGUUACUUUAAAUAGCUUUUAUUGUAACUUUUUCAUUACUAGUCGUAGGGAAAAAUCGAGACCACUUUUCUGUAGUACAACAAACAUGCUAAAUCCAAUUUUGAGGUGUAUUUUGACCAGUCUCUUCCUGAUGAAGAUUUUUGUGUGGACUUGCAAUUUUUUUUUUUUUUUUUUUUUUUUUUUAUAAAGAUUAACUUCCCUUAGUUGUUACUAUAAAUAACUUAUAUUGUAACAUUUUUAUAAUUGACCCUAGGGAAAAAACAAGACCACUUUUCUGUGGUACAGCAUGGAUGUUACUCUCCAGUUUUAGGUGUAUUUUAUUAAUUUUAUUAUAUAUAAGGUAUCUCUACCUAGUAAGGAGUUUUUUUGUGGACUUUAAAAAACAAAAGACUUACAAUGAUUACUAAACAACCACAAAAUUAACAUUCCAUUUGCAAAUACAGCUGCUAGAGUAAAGAAAUUUGCUUUGACGGGCAUAUAUUGUGACAUUCUGGCACUCUUGUUCCCUGUUAGCUUUCCAUUCCUUCUUUUUACAGUAGCCAUAUAGAAAAACAUCAUAGUUAUACUCUUCAUGAAAAUUAAUAAAAUUUAGCAGUAAACCACCUCACUACUGACUUAUUCUUUCUUCCACAUCUUAAAACCCCUGAUGCGGACCACAUCCUUCAAUUAUGAUAUGCCCGGUGGGGGGAUUAGCCAUGUCUGACAUGGCUCUUGUUACUUGUUAUUUUUGAAUUACCUCCCUUAAUCCAAUUUUACAUUUUUAAUAGUCCACGGAAAACUUAAAAGUUUUCAAACUAAAUACAAGGAAAGACGACAAUAAAGGGGAGGGUUUGGAGAACCAUAGCUAUACUAACUCUGCUUUUUUCUGUGUUUCAGUUAAUAUCCCAUCCUAUAAUGUUCUCAUUAUAGACUUAAGAAAUGCAGUGAAUGAGUAUGGUUCAUACAUACCCCAUGUUUGAAUGAUGUCCUUUUGUGACAUUAAUUGUUUUAUGAAAGACAACCGAAGUAUUAUUAAAGAGAUUUAAGUUGCAUUCAUACAUUAAUAGGGGGCAUUGAAAAGUGCAUGAACCAUAAUUAUUUCGUCUGUCAUUCCCAUUUGUUAUUUUGGUCCAUCAUGACUUUAGUUGGUUAUGAACUUUAUAGAGAAAACUUCGAUAGCAGUAUGUUAUUAAAACGAUUACCAGUUAAACAUUGAAAAAUGAUUUGACGGACAAGGUCCUCCAAGUAUAGUUUUCAUUUUCAAACAAUAAUGAUAGUACUAGUAAAAAUCGGUAUAACUUGAGAUAAACUGAAGGUGUGAUCAUUUGAAACGGAUAUACGCGUUGAUAAAAUGGUAACACUGUCUUGAUAUUAAGCUAGGGUUCGUGAGUUCGAACCCUUGCUGUUUUAAUUAGAUAUCACUAACAGUAGAAUAAGAGUCCUUACACCGCGAAAGAACCAGGAAAUUCUGAAAUCGGAACUUCCUCUGUAACUUGCACAAUCCUCCCACGUAAAUUACUGACAUUCAUAUGUAGGAGUCGCCGACAUAUGUGUUUCCAGUGGCGUUUGUAAUUAAGUUUAACUACAAACAAACAAGUAAUUAAUAUUUUUGUUGACAUUGUUUACCAUGAUAUUUUUUGUUAAUAAAAUUUAUUGUAAUGUAGUGUU